AUGGAACAGAACGCAAUGAUAGCUUUGGCAAAAGAACUAGCCAAGUCAUUAAAAACCGAAGAUGAUUUGAAUAACUUUAGUCAGGCACUGAAGAAGCUUACCAUCGAAACCGCUUUAAAUGCAGAGCUUACAGCACAUUUAGGGCACGAAAAAAACAACCCACGUAGUGGCAGUAAUGCAAGGAACGGCUAUUCAGCCAAACGAAUAUUAACUAACGACGGUGAAUUUGAUCUCAACACACCCCGAGACCGAGAAGGCACGUUCGAGCCUGCAUUGAUCAAGAAGCACCAAACGCGCAUCACAUCGAUGGAUAGCCAGAUUCUAUCACUGUACGCCAAAGGCAUGACUACUAGGGAAAUUGUAGCCACCUUUAAAGAAAUGUAUGACGCUGAUGUAUCAGCAACACUCAUUUCCAAAGUCACUGAUGCGGUUAAAGAGCGGGUUGUCGAAUGGCAGAAUCGUCCUAUAGAUGCCCUGUACCCAAUUGUUUACAUGGACUGCAUUGUAGUCAAAGUAAGACAAGAUAGCACCGUGAUCAACAAAGCUGUAUUUCUUGCGCUUGGGGUGAAUAUCGAUGGUCAAAAAGAGCUGCUGGGUAUGUGGAUGGCUGAAAAUGAAGGUUCUAAAUUUUGGCUUUCCGUCUUAACGGAACUCAAAAAUCGUGGACUGAAAGACAUUCUGAUAGCUUGUGUUGACGGUUUGAAGGGUUUUCCAGAAGCGAUCAAUGCAGUCUAUCCUGAUACCCAUAUUCAAUUAUGUAUUAUCCAUAUGGUGCGCAAUAAUUUGAAAUAUGUGAGUUGGAAAGACUACAAAGCUGUUACUUCGGAUUUAAAGAAGAUCUAUCAAGCACUUACCGAAGAUUCAGCGCUACAGCACUUAGAAGAUUUUGGCAAAGCAUGGGAUGAAAAGUAUCCGCAAAUCAGUAAGUCUUGGCUGGCGAAUUGGUCAAAUUUGAAUACGUUUUUUGCUUACCCGAUGGACAUACGCAAGGCUAUUUAUACAACAAACGCCAUUGAGUCACUGAACAGCGUGAUCCGUCAUGCCACGAAAAAAAGAAAGGUAUUUCCGACAGAUGAUUCUGUAAAAAAGGUGGUAUAUUUAGCAAUCAUGUCGGCAAGCCAAAAAUGGACAAUGCCAAUCCAAAAUUGGAAGUCUGCCAUGAGUAGAUUUAAUAUCUUGUUUGAAGACCGUCUGGUCGAUUACAUGUAG